GAGCGCAUGUCAGAGGCUCCAGCCCCGACAGGGCGGAGGGAUGUCGGGGAGCACUGUGCAGAACUGCAUCCCCCAUCGGACGGGUGAAAAGCUGCUGAUCAAAGGCGGACGUGUGGUGAACGAUGACCUGUCCAUGUUUGCUGAUGUGUUUGUGGAAGAUGGUCUGAUCAAAGAGGUGGGAGAGAACCUGAUUGUCCCAGGAGACGUGAAGGUGAUCGAGGCUAACGGCCGCUUGGUGAUACCAGGAGGAAUCGACGUCAACACCUGCUUCAUGAAGCCCUUCAUGGACACGUUUCCUGUGGAUGACUUUCUGCAGGGCACCAGGGCGGCGCUCAGUGGAGGCACCACGAUGAUCAUUGACCACGUGAGCCCUCAGCCGGGUGAGAGUUUGCUGGGGGCGUUUGAGCGCUGUCAGGAGGCGGCAGAUAAGAAGGCCUGCUGCGAUUACUCUCUGCACGUGGACAUCCCGCACUGGGACGAGACAGUCAAGGAUGAACUGGAGCUUCUGGUGCAGGACAAAGGGAUCAACUCGUUCCAAGUGUUCAUGGCCUAUAAGGACGUGCUCCAGAUGACAGACUCAGAACUGUAUCAGGCCUUCUCCUUUCUCAAGAAAAUGGGAGCUGUUGUUCUAGUUCACGCGGAAAAUGGAGAUCUGAUCGCACAAGAGCAGAGUAAAAUUCUUGGCAUGGGAAUCACUGGUCCUGAAGGGCACCCUCUGAGCCGACCGGAAGAGGUGGAGGCUGAAGCGGUGUUUCGUGCCGUUACUCUGGGCCACCGCGUGAACUGUCCAGUUUACAUCACGAAAGUCAUGAGCAAGAGUGCAGCGGAGGCCAUCACGCAAGCCCGGAGGAAAGGUUCCGUGGUGUUCGGGGAGCCAAUCACAGCCGGUCUCGCUACUGACGGGUCUCAUUACUGGAGCAAGAACUGGGCAAAGGCAGCGGCUUAUGUCACUUCACCUCCUCUGAGCACAGAUCCGACCACCCCGGAUCAUCUGAGCACGCUGCUGGCCUGUGGGGAUCUGCAAGUUGUGGGCAGCGCUCACUGUGUGUACAGCCUGGCCCAGAAAGCUAUUGGCAAAGACAACUUCACCCUGAUCCCAGAAGGAACCAACGGCGUGGAGGAGAGGAUGGGAUUUGUGUGGGACAAGGCUGUGGCAAUUGGGAAAAUGGAUGAAAACCAAUUUGUGGCUGUCACAUCCACUAACGCUGCCAAAAUCUUCAACCUGUAUCCGCGGAAAGGCCGGGUCGCGGUGGGCUCCGACGCCGACAUCGUCAUCUGGGACCCUAACCUCAUCAAGACGAUCACUGCCAAAAACCAGCAGUCGGCCUCCGAGUACAACAUCUUUGAGGGUCUGGAGUGCCGCGGGGGGCCGGCUCUGGUCCUGUGUCAAGGUCGAGUUGUGUACGAGGAUGGAAAAGUACAGGCUCAGCAGGGCACCGGACGAUUCAUUCCGCGCAAGCCUUUUCCCGAUCUGGCCUAUCAGCGCAUCAAGUUCAGGAACCAGGUGAAUAACGAAAAGGCCGUUACUCGUGGCAUUUAUGACGGUCCUGUCUACGAAGCGCCCCCCAUGCCCAAAUAUAUAACUCCGUCUCCUUCUGCCAAAACCUCCCCAACUACCAACCAACCCCCGCCCGUACGCAACCUCCACCAGUCCAACUUCAGCCUCUCAGGGGCGCAGGCGGAUGACAACGUCCCACGAAGGUCCGGCCACCGCAUCGUAGCGCCCCCCGGUGGCCGCUCCAAUAUCACCAGCCUCGGUUGAAUGAAGAACAAAAGAUUUUCACCUUUCUUUUAGCGUAUGUGAGUGCAAACGUGUGACUGUCUUUGUGAGGGUAGUUGCUACGGCUGAAAAUCUUUAUAUAGUUUCUGUUAAGGUAAUUGCACUUCUUAGAGCAUUAAGUUUGUAUAACUUUGCCUUGUGUUCACGGUCACUGAGGAGCAGCACACUUCAAACCUGUUCACUCAACCACGUAAGAAUAGGCUGGCACUCUCGCUCUAGUAAUAAUACGGAUAUAGUACUAAUGCAGCUGUUAUAAAAAACACAAAUCGUUGAACUUUUAGCAUGAGUUCUGAUACUUCCAAUGACUGUCUCACUGUAUUCAGCUUUAAAGGGCCCGUAUUACACUAUUUUAUGAUCAAAAAACACAUCUGGAGUUCAUUUCCACAUGUUUAACACACAAAACCUGCGUAUUUAGGCUCGGUUCUUCUCUCAAACUAAAAACACUUUGUUCCACCUUGUGAUGUCAUGUCGUAAUACAGGAAGUGAUUCACGAUUUCAGCCGUGGAAUGGACAAUCUGAACUGAAGUAAAGGUAAAAAAAUAGCUGCUGAAAACUUGAAAACUACUGCUUCCUGACAUCACAAGGUGGAACGGAGCAUUUUGAGCUUUGGAGAUGUACAGACUAAUGAUAAAAGGGUUGAUCGAACAUGUGUGAAUGAAACAAAACACAACUCCAGGUCUGUUUUAAGCAGUUAAAAACAUUAAGCUCACAAGAGUCCAUUUCACGUAAUACAGGACCUUUAGAGCACGGUGCUUCUUUCAAUCCAAAGUCGUAUUUAUAGCUGUGUCUGGCUCACAUUUUGCAUGGGCACAUCGGUGUUGCACUUUUACCCACAGAGAAACACUGGAAGGAGACAGAGGCACAUUGGUAUUCUACAAACACACUGUUGUAUUUACUGUCUGCUUCAGCACAUUAUGCAUAUACCUGUCUGUAUAGGUCUGGAGUAGAUGUAUCCAACACAACUGUGAAACAUUAUGCAAAUUUAUUUAUAAUGUCUCCUGAAGUAUGACUCGAGCACAUCACAGUUCAAACAAGUACACGUUAUCACCCAGCGAAAUGGAUCUUUAAAUGUUUUUUUCCUCAUGUAAUGUUUAUACCAUAAUGUGUCUGUGCUGUGUGACAGGAGCAGAUGUGCUUAUAGACUUUUCUUACACUCACUUGCCAUAAUUUGCUCUUGUAAAAAACACUCCCGCUGCAGUUUUAUGAGCAUUUAAUCGUCUUGUUUGGUACAUGUAGUCUUUUAUGAUACUUUGUUUUAUUGUUUCAUUGUCUGGUGAUUUAAGUGAAC